AUGGACAUUAUUGCCACCUUGUUUUCACUCCUACUCUUUCUGGUUAUAGUUGCAAACUUCAUACUACGGUGGGGAAAUUUGAAGUCACAGCAUAAAUCCAAAAGGCUUCCUCCAGGCCCGCCAAGAUUGCCUGUUUUCGGCAACCUUCUACAGCUUGGCCAGCAGCCUCACCGGGACUUAGCUUCCUUGUGUGAUAAAUAUGGGCCACUAGUCUACCUCCGACUUGGCAGCGUGGAUGCCAUUACCACCAACGAUCCUGAAAUCAUACGCGAAAUACUUGUACGCCAAGAUGAAGUUUUCGCAUCCCGGCCGCGAACUCUCGCAGCCGUCCACCUAGCUUAUGGGUGUGGAGAUGUGGCCUUGGCCCCAUUAGGUCCGCAUUGGAAGAGAAUGAGGAGGAUCUGCAUGGAGCAACUACUAACCACAAGGAGGCUCGAGUCUUUCGCAAAUCACCGUGCCGAUGAAGCCCAACAUCUGGUCAUGGAUGUUUGGUCCCGGACCCAAACAGGAAAGCCUUUGAACUUGAGGGAAGUGCUUGGUGCCUUUUCCAUGAACAAUGUGACUAGGAUGUUGCUAGGUAAGCAAUAUUUUGGUGCAGAAUCAGCAGGCCCACAAGAGGCCAUGGAAUUCAUGCACAUAACCCAUGAGUUGUUUCGGCUUCUGGGGGUGAUCUACCUUGGUGAUUAUUUACCAUUUUGGAGGUGGAUUGACCCUCAUGGCUGUGAAAAGAAAAUGAGGGAAGUGGAGAAAAGAGUGGAUGAUUUUCACAAUAAAAUUAUUGAAGAACACAGAAAGACAAGGAAGACGAAGAGAAAGGAAACUGGAGAGGAAGACAAAGACAUGGACUUUGUUGAUGUUCUACUAUCAUUGCCUGGUGAGAAUGGGAAAGAACACAUGGAUGAUGUAGAGAUCAAAGCUCUAAUUCAGGACAUGAUAGCUGCUGCUACAGACACUUCAGCUGUAACCAAUGAAUGGGCAAUGGCAGAGGUGAUCAAGCAUCCACGUGUCCUUUCCAAAAUACAACAGGAGCUUGAUUCAGUUGUGGGUCCCAAUCGAAUGGUCACGGAAUCUGAUUUGGCCCACCUUAACUACUUACGCUGCGUUGUACGGGAAACAUUCCGCAUGCACCCAGCUGGGCCUUUGCUUAUCCCGCAUGAGUCCUUACGCGCCACCACAAUAAAUGGCUACCACAUCCCUGACAAAACCCGGGUCUUUAUCAACACUCAUGGGCUGGGCCGAAAUACUAAACUCUGGGCCGAUGUCGAGGAGUUUCGUCCCGAGAGACAUUGGCUGGCUGAUGGAAGCCGAGUGGAGAUAAGCCACGGAGCUGAUUUUAAGAUAUUGCCAUUCAGCGCAGGUAAAAGGAAAUGCCCUGGCGCCCCACUUGGUGUGACUCUGGUACUCAUGGCUUUGGCUCGACUCUUUCAUUGUUUUGACUGGACCCCGCCAGAUGGGCUAAGCCCCGAAGAUAUUGACACGACUGAGGUUUAUGGUAUGACCAUGCCCAAGGCUAAGCCCUUGUUGGCUAUGGCUCGGCCACGCUUGGCAGAGCAUAUGUACCGCUGA